AUGCCUCUACUCCUUCGCUUGCUGCAAGUGCUUUCGCUCCUGCUCCUCGCUGGAGUAGUGACCGCCGAACACACAUCCAACUGGGCCGUGCUGGUUUCGACGUCCCGAUUCUGGUUCAACUACCGCCACCUCGCCAAUGUCCUCUCCCUAUACCGAACCGUUAAGCGUCUCGGCAUUCCCGACUCGCAGAUCAUCCUCAUGCUUCCCGAUGACAUGGCCUGCAACCCGCGCAAUGCGUUCCCCGGAACCGUGUACAGCAACGCAGAUCGCGCGGUGGAUCUCUACGGCGACAACAUCGAGGUAGACUACAGGGGCUAUGAGGUGACGGUGGAAAACUUCAUUCGGCUAUUAACCGACCGUCUGGACGAAGAUGUGCCUCGGAGUAAGCGUCUUGGGUCUGACGCCGGUAGCAAUGUGCUGGUGUACAUGACGGGCCACGGAGGAGAUCAGUUCUUGAAGUUUCAAGAUGCCGAGGAGAUUGGCGCAUGGGAUUUGGCCGAUGCGUUUGGACAGAUGUGGGAGAAAAAGCGUUAUCACGAACUUCUGUUCAUGAUUGAUACGUGCCAAGCCAACACGAUGUACACCCAUUUCUACUCGCCCAACAUUGUCGCCACGGGCUCCAGCGAGCUUGACCAAUCUUCAUAUUCCCACCAUGCGGACAACGAUGUCGGUGUUGCAGUCAUUGACCGCUGGACCUACUAUGUGCUAGAGUUCCUCGAGACUCAAGUGACGAGCGCCAACUCCAAGUUGAAUCUGGGAGAUUUGUUUGACUCAUACGAUAUGUCGAAGAUUCAUUCGCAACCGGGUGUCCGCUGGGACCUAUUCCCAGGCGGCGAGCAAGAAGGCCGCCUGCGCACUGUGGUGGAUUUCUUCGGUAACGUGCAGAAUGUCGAGGUCGAAAACGUUAAUGCCACCGAACCUGGCUCCUUGAAAGAAGACCUGGCAGAGAUCGCACGACUAGUCGAGAAGUGGCACAAGCGAGAUGAGGAAUACUCCGUUGUUCUCGGCAAUUCUUCCCAGCCUCGAAACAAGGAUAUGCAGUCAUCUAGUGUACAUUUGAGCCCGAAAAAGACCGUUGGCCCAACGAAGAUGGAUGAGGAUAGCAACUGGGCAAAACGCCUGGUUGGUUUGUCAGUACUUGGUUUAUGCACCGCUAUCUGGCUGGCUGGGUCAAUUCUGGGUCGAUCAGUGGCCUAG